CAUAUGCAUGAUUCGGCUUUCUAAAUUACAUCAUCAUAUUGUUAAAGGCAAGUUAUACGAUCUAUGUUUUAGUGAGUUUAUACAGGGUCGAUCUGACAAAUAUACAUUUUGACUACUAUAAUGACAAAUGACAAAUCAAUACGGAAAAACUGACGAAUAGAAACAACAAAUAGCACGUCUACAUUGACAAAUGUAAGAGAUAUUUAGUACGAUUAAGAAGCACAUUGUGGGAAUUACACGUCUGGACUUUUGGCAACGAAUAGCCUCCAUAAAACUCCAGCAGACGAACAACGAUAACAUUGAAUGCUGAGAUCCACUCAGGAUUGUACGCACUACAAGGCGGUUUAAAGCUGCAGUUUUUUCUCGAAAUGUGAAGUAUUCUGCAUAGGGCACCCAUGUGUUUAUCACUAAGCCAUGGAGUCCACAGACGGGCCGAUGGAAGAGAUCAGGACUAACUUGCUCAAGGUUGGUCUUGACGAUCUCCAAAGACCAUCUAAUUUGCAGUCGGUAAUCCAUGGAUAUGGAACAAAUAAAACAGAUGAAAAUUGUGGAACACCGCGUACAGAUUCAACAGAAGAAGAUAUUGAUCAGCCGGAUUAUGAGGUUGUAGGUCCAGAGGAGUUCGGUAAAUGUACAGAAUGUGUCAAAGCUGUACCUGUUUUCUCUUUCAGUCAAAUUGCUGUCGGUGAUCAUAUUACAUUUUAUGGAAGAUUGUAUGAUCACCAUGCAAUUGUGACUCAAAAACUAGGUGAUAACCAGAUCAAAAUCAUCGAAGCCACGAAUACACCUGCAGGGGCAGUUUUUGGACUUAUGUUCUGGAAAAAAGCUUUCAUUGAGGAAACUGUGAAGACGCUUGAUUACGCAAACGGCAAUAUUAACGUUGUUGUUUACAAGAAUCGGGUGUUCACGAAGGCAAAGGUUGCAAGACGCGCGAGAGUGUAUUGUGAAGGGCAAAGGGAAAAUCGUGAUUUUGACUAUAAUGUUUUCCGUAAUAACUGCGAACAUUUUGCGACGUACUGUGUGACCGGAAAACCGUUCAGCAUACAAGUAGUAAAGUUUCAGAUGGUGGCCAAACUUUUUCUAGGAAGUGGCUUUCGUGGAAUAAGCGAUGAGAGAAUGCGCAACGCGAAGCUGUUCGAGAAUAACUCCAUAUGCAGUCGAUGUAACGAUAUGAACAAACGUCUUCUAAGCGUAAGCGUCAAACCGAUUUUAUCAGCAGAUGACGUUCACGCUGGUGACGUCAUCCGAUACACAUACUGUAAUUUACUUCACGAGGGAGUCGUUUUAGGAACGAGGGAAGCUGAAAAAUCAUCAGUAAAAGUCAGCAUUGCGCAUUACGCUUUCCGUGGAUUUCUCUCACACAGAACGAUAAUUGAAGAAGAAAAUACUAUACGGUUUGAUGGUAGUUACGCUGUUCUUCAAUACGGGCCUCCGCAAUACGAGGUGUAUCCACCAGAAAAAGUAGUGGAGCGAGCAAAGUCUCGCAUCAAUGAGCAGCGGUUCGUCUUCUUUUCAAAUGAUUCGAGUCAUUUCGCACGCUGGUGUAAGCUGCCGCGAAAACGCAGCCAGUCACGUGUACAGUUAAAUGACAUUAUGGAACAAUCACUCGAUGAAUCCAUGAACUGAAAUUUUGAUCUAAGACCCCAUUGCGUUUUUCGAUCAAACGUGUACGGACAAAAUCGGAGACAUGUAACAAAUUAUUGGCUGCAAUGAUGUAAUGCAUGUUAAAAAGUCUUGAUAAGGAUUUAACUGAGUUUUAGCACGUGUUGAUUUUGUGCUUGACUUGGAUCAAAACUUGCAGUUUGGUGAACCUUAUGUAUAUUAUGACUAGCAAACAAGUCCUCUGUGCUGUGUUCUUCUUGCUAAUCUGUAUUUGAUACAGUAUACAUGUUCCUUCUUCCAAACAACGGGAGUUAUGAUUAAGGUUAACAUUGCACAAUAACCCAAGACUUUGAGGACCACCAAUCGGCCAUCUACAGUUGUAUGCAAUCAUGUGCCAAUUUCACUGUGCCAUAAUGUCGUGACUGCACGCGAUUCCUAGCCGGGUUUAAUCGCCAAGUUCAUGUACAUUUUGACGCUUUCGAUAAAGUUAGCAAUAGCUACUACCUUUAUUUUUUUCUAAAAUUUAACACUUAAAUUAUGGGUUUCUAUACUUUAAGUGGUUUUAUAAAAUUGAAAUAGAUUUAAAGAUAAAGAUUAAAGACUUUUCUUGAGCUAAACAAAUUUAACCUGAAGAAGAACCGCGUCGUUGAACGGAAUUUAUUACAUUCCUCAAUACUAUGUGUGUACAUGAACCAAGAGACAACCGGGCAUGUUUUAUUAUCCAUUGAAUGUAUAUUUGUAUGGGAUAACAUGUGAAAGUUAAAAACUGGCUUGAAAAGUUAUUGGGGAUUAAAGAGAUGUUUGCUGUACCCAUUUUAUUUCGAUACCAUUUUAAAAGUUUACGUUACAUUUUAUAUGUAGAGACAUAAAAUAUAAACAAUACUGAAAAAAGUAAAGCAAUGAAGAUGUUCUACUCUUCAAAAGAUUGCAAAAUAUGACCUUAACGUCCGAUAAGAGUUGAAAUAUAGAGCAUAUAGAGGAAUCAGCAACAAUUUAACACCUUUCAAAUGAUACCGAUAUUGUGUAGGGUCGGUCACCUGACAUCAAGAUUUAACAUCAUGGUUAACGAGUUUGUCAGAAAAAAAUAGCUUAUGUGUGAGUCGGAUUGCUUAAGUUUAAGUUUGCAACAUAUGUAUGAUUGUUCAAAGAGUGAGGUUGAAUAUUCAUAGACUUUUUAACCGCCGACCCCCAGUCUACACAGUGAACAUUUGCAUUGCUUUGCUGACAUAAAUACUGAUAUUCCAAUGUUUAAUUAUUCAGAAAUCUUUUUCUGUAUAUCAUAUGUCAGCUAUGUUCAUUAUUUGUGACAUUAUGUGUCUUUCUUAAGUGUCUAUAAGGUCAUUUUGACAAGUUUGCUUGUCCCUGCAGUUUCCAUUAAAUUAUUGAAAUAAAUGCAUUUGUCUAAAUAUUUUGUAAAUAUUUGAUAGUCCGUACUGAAGAAAUAUUUAUCCAUAGUGUAGUUUCUAUUUUGUAGAUAUAUAUAUUUUUGCAUGUUGACUAAAAUACAUAAUUGAAGUUAUAUUGAAUGAAACAGUGUUUACGCUGUACGGAAUAGGUGUGUUGCACGUGAGAAAUGUAAAAGCAUUUCACAUAUAGUCAUGUGUCAAUAUAUAUGGUAAUAGCUGAAUGUAAGUAUAUACUAUGUUUGAUUUUUAUGUUUGACAAGAAACACAGCUGGUGUAAUAGUUAUAUUGUUGUAUACGAGUUUUUUCGUCACCUUGAGUUUCUAAUUGUUUCCAAUUGUUUCUAUUUAACAACUUUUAACUCAUGCUCCAUUUUUUAUUGUUUAAAAAAUAAUGUUUAAAAUAUAUGACCGGGCAUUAUAAAGGAAUAUCAUAUGAGUGGAUUUUUAACAGAGAAUAUAAAUGAUAUUUUGGUAAAUUCCCAUUCUUGACUCGCAUAGAAAAUAAGUAAAUACUCAUAAGUUGAUGUACGUCCUCAGGAAUCCCGUUUGUCUCUGGUUAUUGCUCUUACCAGAACUUAUUUAGUUCAGUUAUAGACAUUCAGACUGUUUUACAAGCAUUUGUAUGAUGUCCAUGUUUUCCACAGGUCGAAUAUUAGAGAAAUUGCUUAACACUACAUGUUCGGAUGUGUGUAGUUGUGUACUACGUUUUUGUGUGGCUACGUCAUUAGGGUAUGUGUACGUGUGUACUUACAUUUAUCGCCUACGUCAUCAGGGUAUGUGUACAUUGAACGAGUUUAAAACAACUUUUAUAAAAUCACGAAAAAGCGAUUCAUGCUAGUAUAAGUGAACAUGUAUACAAGUACAGGUGUAUAGCGCCAUUCUCAAACGAUUUGAAUUACAAUUGCAACUUUAGCAUGUUCGUGUAGCUACAAGAAAUAAACAAGUACACGUGUACGUCGUGUUUCGCAACUCUCUUUUAUUUUACAUUAACUUCAUCUCCACAGAACGUUUUACAAAUGUGUGGUUUUAUUAGCAUGAGAACGUGUGUUCAUACACAUAUAUAGUUUCAAUUGUAAUCACGGUUUGAUGCUGUUUUAAGCGUAUCUUUAAUCAGUUUCAAGCGUUAUCUUGUCAUGGUAAUACCUUCACCUUUAUAUCUUUUUAGUAUAAUGAUAAUACCUACACCUUAUACCUUUAUAUAUAUAUAUUAUUAUAAUGGUAAUACCUACACCUUAUACCUUUAUAUAUAUAUUAGUAUAAUGGUAUAAUGGUACCUACACCUUUAAAUAUCUUUUAAUAUAAUGCAUACUUCUUUACAUACUUCACUGUAAUAUUGAUUUAGAGUUCGAGAUCUUUUCGCUUCUGUAAUUUAAAUCGUUGUAGCAAAUAAAUGUUUCCUCUAGACGUUUUCUACAGAAUGUGUAUUUUUUAUUGUUUUGUCAGUUGUCACACUUUAUUGUUUAGAUCCUACUUAUCAAGACACUACAAUCACUUUUAAUCAAGUUUAUACAUUGUAUGAUCUGGUUAUUGGAAUGAUGUACGUCGUUCUUCGAGCCGGUGGGUGGACGGUCAAUGUCAAAUGCAUAAAAAACAAGAUAGGGUUGACAUAUUAUGACCGAACUUGGUAUAUAGGAAGAGUCUAUCGAGACCCUUCGUGGGAUUGCGGUUGGGGCACAUACGGUCAAGGUAACUAGUACGUUAAAUAAAAAACACGGUUGAAACUGAAU